AUGGCCUGGAACACCAAUCUCCGCUGGCGGCUGCCGGUCAUCUGCCUGCUCCUGCAGGUGGCCCUGGUGGUCCUCUUCGGCGUGUUCGUGCGCUACGACCCGGAUGCCGACGCCCACUGGAUCGAGGAGAGGAUGUCCAGGAACAUUUCCAGCGACUUGGACAACGAAUUCUACUAUCGCUACCCGAGCUUCCAGGACGUGCACGUGAUGAUCUUCGUGGGCUUCGGCUUCCUCAUGACCUUCCUGCAGCGCUACGGCUACAGCGCCGUGGGCUUCAACUUCCUGCUGGCCGCCUUCGGCAUCCAGUGGGCGCUGCUCAUGCAGGGCUGGUUCCACUCCUUUGACGGACGCUACAUUCUUUUGGGCGUGGAGAACCUCAUCAAUGCGGACUUCUGCGUGGGCUCUGUCUGUGUCGCCUUUGGGGCAGUUCUGGGCAAAGUCAGCCCUGUCCAGCUCCUCAUCAUGACUCUCUUCCAAGUGACCCUCUUCUCAGUGAAUGAGUUCAUUCUCCUCAGCCUGCUAGAGGUGAAGGAUGCAGGGGGCUCCAUGACCAUCCACACAUUUGGCGCCUACUUUGGGCUCACAGUGACCUGGAUCCUCUACCGACCCAACCUAUAUCAGAGCAAGGACAGGCAAAGUUCUGUGUACCACUCGGACCUCUUUGCCAUGAUCGGCACCCUCUUCCUGUGGAUGUACUGGCCCAGCUUCAACUCAGCUGUGUCCAAUCACGGAGACGCCCAGCACCGAGCUGUCAUCAACACCUACUGCUCCUUGGCAGCCUGUGUGCUCACUGCGGUGGUGCUGUCCAGCGUCCUGCAUAAGAAGGGCAAGCUGGAUAUGGUGCACAUCCAGAACGCCACGCUCGCGGGAGGCGUGGCCGUGGGCACCGCCGCCGAGAUGAUGCUCAUGCCUUACGGCUCCCUCAUCGUCGGCUUCAUCUGCGGCAUCAUCUCCACCCUGGGUUUUGUGUACCUGACGCCAUUCCUGGAGUCCCGGCUGCGGAUUCAGGACACGUGUGGCAUUCACAACCUGCAUGGCAUUCCCGGCAUCAUAGGCGGCAUUGUGGGUGCUGUGACGGCAGCCUCCGCCAGCACUGAGCUGUAUGGGCAGGAAGGGCUUGCCUUUGCCUUUGGCUUUGGAAGUUCCACACCGAGCAGGAACGCAAGCACACAGGGCAAGUUCCAGGCUGCUGGUCUCUUUGUGUCACUGGCCAUGGCCCUGGUGGGUGGCAUCAUCGUAGGGGUCAUUUUGAAAUUGCCAUUCUGGGGACAAGCCGCUGAUGAGAACUGCUUUGAGGAUGCAAUCUACUGGGAGAUACCCAAGGACCAGAAGAGUAUUGUCUUCCGUUCUGAGGACCCCACCCUCAAGUCCUCAGAACCUUAAACUCCCAGGGCAAGUGAGAAGCAGGCUCCACAGACUUUUCCAGCGUUCCCCAAGGAGCCAGUGCCGAUCAAGCUGGGAACAAAAGAGCAAGGCGAGCGGCACUCCACCUGCUGGCCUGGUCCAGG